AUGGCUGGGGGCCGCUGGCUGGAGCUAGCCGAGGCCCUAGGGCUGGGGUCUGGUUGGCGGCAUGCGUGCCAUGCGAUGCUCUACGCACCCGACCAGGGACUGCUCUUCGGCCACAUCCCGCUGCGCUACGCCGUAUUGAUGCAGAUGCGCUUCGACGGGCGCCUGGGCUUCCCAGGCGGCUUCGUGGACGCGCAAGACAGCAGCCUGGAGGAUGGGCUGAACCGCGAGCUGCUCGAGGAGCUGGGCGAGGCGGCGGCCGCCUUCCGCGUGGAGCGCUCUGACUACCGCAGCUCUUAUGCCGGGACCCGGCCGCGCGUCGUGGCCCAUUUCUACGCUAAGCGCCUGACGCCCGAGCAGCUGGCCGCGGUGGAGGCCGAAGCCCCACGCGCCAAGGAUCACGGGCUGGAGGUAUUGGGCCUGGUUCGGGUCCCCCUGUAUACCCUGCUGGAUGGUGUGGGAGGCCUACCUGCCUUUCUGGAGAAUUCCUUUAUUGGCGUUGCUCGUGAGCAGCUGCUGGACGCCCUCCAGGACUUGGGGUUACUGGAGUCUGGAUUCAUCCAGGGCCUUAAGAUCCCAGGUGGUCACAAGAAGCAGCUUUCCAUGGACCCAUAG